UGAACACAAUGGAAGAAGACUUCAGCCAGUCGCUGACCCCGCCGGUGUCACCCUUCGUAGGGGAAAGCCAGUGUGAGCUGACCCCAGCCCUGCCACCCUGUUUCUCCUGUGCGUCUGACCCGGGUCGGGAAGACACCCAGCCACUGUCAUCUGACAGUUAUAUUGGCAGGGGCUCCCUGAAACGGUAACGUCUCUAUGAGCACACAGCUAAGGCAUAUUUUAGCAGGCUAAUAUUAUAUUGAACAAAAAUAUAAACACAACCUGCAACAUUUACAAAGAUUUUUACUGCGUUACAGUUCAUAUAAGGAAAUCUGUCAAUUUAAAUAAAUUAUUACAGACAGAAAUACUCCUCAGAUGAUCCCGCAGGUGAAGAAGCCUGAUGUGGAGGUCCUGAUUUGGCGUGGUUAUACGUGGUCUGCGGUUGUGAGGCCGGUUGGACGUACUGCCAAAUUCUCUAAAAUGACGUUGGAGGCAGCUCAUGGUAGAGAAAUUAAGAUUAAAUUAUCUGGCAACAGCUCUGGUGGACAUUCCUGCAGCCAGCAUGCCAAUUGCACACGCCCUCAAAACUUGAGACAUCUGUGGCAUUGUGUUGUGACAAAACUGCACAUUUUAAAGUGGCCUUUUAUUGUCCCCAGCACAAGGUGCACCUGUAUAAUGAUCAUGAUGUUUAAUCAGCUUCUUGAUAUGCUGCACCUGUCAGGUGGAUGGAUUAUCUUGGCAAAGGAGAAAUGCUCACCAACAGGGAUGUAAUCAAAUUUGUGCACAAUUUGAGAGAAAUAUGCUUUUUCUGCAUAUGGAAAAUAUCUGGGAUUUUUUUAUUUCAGCUCAUGAAACAUACGACCACUUUACAUGUUGCGUUUUAUAUUUUUGUUCAGUGUAUAAUCUACUGUAUAAGAGUACAGAGACAUUACAUAAGCCACUUGCCAUGACACAUGACAGGAUGAAAGUCCCGCCUACUUCAUGGAUCAUGUCUCGCAGUGUUUUUGAAUGGCCUUCAAGAAUAUAUAAUCAAAUUCAUAAAAAAGCGGUCAUUUUAAGAUAUAUGUAAAAUUAUAUUUGUAUUCGUGGAUUAAUUUACUCAAUCAAUCAGAAAUCUUCAUUAAAGGCAUCAGGUAGAAGUAAAUUAAUCCGCAAAUACGAAUACAAUUUUGCAUGUAUCUUAAAUUACAGCGUUUUCAUGAAUUUGACAAUAUAAACUUGAAGGCCAUUCAAUAACAGCGUGGGACAUGAUCCAGGAAGUAGGUGGGACUUUCAUACCGUAUGUGACACAUAGUAACUCAAAAGAUUGUGGACAGCUGACAACAGUGGACAGAAAUAAUACAUAUUAUGUUGAUCUUGUUAUAUUACAACAGAAUCAUUACCAACAAUAUUGUUUGAGGAAAACUCCCUGUCUUCAGUGUCUUGUAGGCUGCAGCAGAUCUAAGUUACUAUUGUCUUCCAUAGGCUGCUGUUGCGUCUGGCCCCAGCCCCUGCAGACUAUGAGGAGGACACAGUGGAUAUCUUUGGCUUCCCAUGGGUGACCGAGACUGCUCUGGUGGAAUCUACCAAACUUUUGUUCGGCCUGUUCAGGUGGGAAUACAGCCAGAUAAUGUGGAGUGUCAUUCAUUUUUUUCAGACUAUGUAUAGCUGCCUCACUGUCUCUAAUUCUCAGGGUUUCGAGGUCAGUGUGUCACAAUUUGUUGUCACCUUUCAGGCAAAAGCUUCUUAAACUAGAGACCCUGGUGCAGUCCAGCUCUCAUGACUUUGGUAAGCUAACUUAAUGUAUACCUUGCUGCUCAUGGUUUUGUGAGAAGGAGUUCACAUGUUGAUAUUAUUUGAUCAAAACUUUGUGGUAAUAACCAAGAUAGUGCCUGUGUGAUGUGAUUUGGUAUGGUGGUUGUUAGAUUUUUUUCUGAGUUGUGAUGGGGAAAUCUUGUACUGUUUUUGUUGUACUGUAUGUACUUGACAAUGUUAUGUUUCAGGCCAAGCCAGCAGCCUCCAUUAUGAGGCAGAAGACCUUAGGCAACAGUGUGUGCUGUUUCUCCAAUAUGUCAAAGUCUUCCUAUACAGGUAAUGCUACUGGUCAGUUAUUACUGAUUCUUACUGACUGUCCCUGGCCUAGGGCAUAGGCUAUAUUUACUUAGCUAGUUCCAGUAAAACACUGUAAGGAUUUGUUCUUUGUUUAAAAGGUAAAAGGAUAAGCAGUCAGGUCUGACACCUGACUUUUCUGUGACUCCCUGUGUGACCUCUGCACCCUGCAGGUACCUGGAGCCCACCUGUCCCCUGGAGGAGGGCCCCUGUCACCCCUAUGAGGAGCUGGAGGCUCAGCUACCCUCUGCUCUGCUGGAGGAGCUCUUUGGGGUCACCCUCCUCAUAGGGCGCCUCAAAGACCUAACGGCCAACAUCCAGAGUGCCCUCACCAUACAGCACCAGGGCAAGGUAGCCCCCCCCCCCCCCACACACACACACACAAAAAAGCAUGAAUAUUGUGAGUGAAUACCAGACCUGGGUUCAAAUAUACAGUGGGGAGAACAAGUAUUUGAUACACUGCCAAUUUUGCAGGUUUCCCUACUUACAAAGCAUGUAGAGGUCUGUACUUUUUAUCAUAGGUACACUUCAACUGUGAGAGACGGAAUCUAAAACAAAAAUCCAGAAAAUCACAUUGUAUGAUUUUUAAGUAAUUAAUUUGCAUUUUAUUGCAUGACAUAAGUAUUUGAUCACCUACCAACCAGUAAGAAUUCCGGCUCUCACAGACCUGUUAGUUUUUUUUAAGAAGCCCUCCUGUUCUCCACUCAUUACCUGUAUUAACUGCACCUGUUUUGAACUCGUUACCUGUAUAAAAGACACCUGUCCCCCACACUCAAUCAAACAGACUCCAACCUCUCCACAAUGGCCAAGACCAGAGAGCUGUGUAAGGACAUCAGGGAUAAAUUGUAGACCUGCACAAGGCUGGGAUGGGCUACAGGACAAUAGGCAAGCAGCUUGGUGAGAAGGCAAAACUGUUGGCGCAAUUAUUAGAAAAUGGAAGAAGUUCAAGAUGACGGUCAAUCAACCUCGGUCUGGGGCUCCAUGCAGAUCUCACCACUGGGACAAUGAUCAGAGAAGGUGAGGAUUCCCAGUAAAAUACGUGGAAUACCCAUGAUAUGCUUUUAUGUGUAUCUCCCUCAGCUGUUUCCUCCCUCCUGGCAUUUGUUACACCUCCACCUGGACAUCCACUGGUCAGUGUUGGAGAUUCUCCACUUGCUGGGGCAGAGGAUGCAAGGUAUGUGUUGUUUUUAUUGUUGGUAUUUAGGCUCUCGUCUAACCUAUCAUAGGGUAAUCUUCCAAGGCAAAACAAAUGACAUACGCAGUACUAUAAAAAUCAAACACGGAUCUGAAAUACACAAUAUGAAGGGAAAGAAAGUUGAGGCUGGUGUUGUCAGGUUGGUGUUGUCAGUGUAUUGUAGGUCUACUACAUCCUUAUUUGUCUGUUUGACCUUUGCAGGUCAGGUGGUGUACGCCCACCAGUUUGUGAACCUGACAGGGGAGAACCUGACCAACAACAGCCUGUUUGAGGAGCAUCUUUGCAACCUGCUCUCUGACCUCACUGGCCUGGCCAUGGGCAAAUACAGCAAGGUACUGUGUAUGGGUUUAUACAUUUGUGUUGUGUUCCUUAACAACGCUAACCAUUGAGUAAGCCAUGAGGCAAACCCUUGAAAAAUGCUCCAGGGGCGCCACACUAUGGCUGAACCUGUGCUCCCAUCUCUCUGUGGGUGGGUGGUUGUGUCUAAGAGUUGGGGGAGAAGAAAAACAAAUUCCUAAUAACUUUUCGUAUAGUUAUAAUACUGCCUAGAUAGGGUGAAAUCGAUAGAUAAUUUAAAACCUAUAGGCAACAUUUACAUCUCCCUAAGAGUUAGUAGCCUCUUCCGAGGCUGAGGCUUUUGGGGUAAAGGGUAUUCCUAACUCUGUCCUCUGUUGUAGGUAAGGCCUACUGAGGCCCUGACCAGCCAUCACUACCACUGCACCUGCACCAAAGAGCUGUGGAUACUACUUAUACACUUACUGGAACACAGGAGCAAAGUGUUACACACACAGGUGAACACGCACACAUUCACACGUGAUGCAACUGAAUGAUUUGGUGACCAUCCGAUUGUAUCUACAAUUAAUCAAAUUUGACAUAGUGUUUUUAUUUACAACUGUGUGUGUGCACUUGUGUGUGUUUCCCCCUAGUCUUUCUGGAACUACAUGAACACACUGCUGCGGUCUCUGAUCAGUGGCCAGCCUGUAGCAGAGCAGUACAGUGGGCUCCCUACACACUGUAAAGACCCUCUGGGCUUCACAUGGUGGCUUGUCACUCACUUGGCUGAGCUGGGACAAUACAGCCGCAACGGGGCCUUCCAAAAUGAAGUAAUCUACCUGAGAUUAGGGGGCUAUAAGGAGGGAUGUCCUAAACUGUAAAGGGAUGUGAUUUUUCCGGAUUAAUCAGAUAUGGCUGAUUUUCUGAAAUAUGUCCUCCAGUUAUAGUUGAAACGGUCAAAAUCAUCCCCUGUUAAGAUGAAAGACAGGCUGCAAUUUUGACUUCUUGCCAAGUUUAUUAGGUUGUAUGUUUUGUUGGUAAUAUAAUGUAUGCUCUGGUCUCACAGAAACAGCUGGAGGACAACUGGAGUUUUGUGGGUGAGCUGCUCAAGUCCACCUGUAACCCUAAGGUAGGCUCUCGCUCAAAGAGGAUAUGGGUUAUGGAUGGGAGCAUGGUUUCUGUGUACAGUUAUAAUUAGUUUGUUCAUUGAUCUGUGUGUGUUGCAGGGAGCGCUACAGGAGGAUCAGAUCAGAAUGCACGUCCACUGCUGCCUGAGUCUGUCACUGCUAUGGGAACCUAACAGUAGCACUGUCACCACACUCUGGGAGUACUACAGCAAAAACCUGGUAAGGAACACCUCUAACACAUCACUCUAAAACAUGGACAAUAUGUAAUGUACAGUGUGUAUGAAAUGUUAUGUCUGUUAUUAUAUACAGCAGAAUGAUGUGCCCAAUAAUCCCCCCCCCUUGUGGACAAUAAAGUUGAUCAUAUCAUGUUGUACUCUUAUCUCUCAAUUAAUGUUGGAUUGAGAAAUAUCCCAUUUACAUUCUCCCCUCCGUCUUCCCCUCCCUCCAGAGCGGUUCGUUCACAGUGCCCUGGUUAGGGGUGUCGGGGCUCGGCAGCGUGAGCAGAACCCCCCUGUCCCUAUUGGACCAGGCCCGGAGCUGCUGCUCCCCCUCCCCCCUUCACUCCCCCGGCCACACCCAGCUGUACCGCUCAGCCAACUCCUUUCACAUCUUCCUCAGAGUGCUGGCUCUCUACCUGGCCCAGGAGAACGCAGGCUGUGCCCCCUGGAGGCAGAUCAAGGGCAGGUGAGGCGUGUGUGUGUGUAGGGAUGGGUAACAUGGAGGGGUACAGAAAAGGAGGCCAGUUAAACCCCUAAGGUACUCUUUAAAUGGAGCUCAAUUGGUUUUGUUCAAUAUUAUGUUGAUACGGAAUACUGUCCCCUAAGGGGGGGAAGGGAGGGUGGUGAAGAUGACAGGUGAGUCCACACUCACAGACGUGACUCUUGACGUGUGUGUGCGUAUGUGUGUGUGCCUGCCAGGUGUGGCACAGCCCCUCUCUGAGGCUUUGCUAUUUGCUCAGCCUCCCAGGGAGAGCAGGUGUCUCAGGAGGAAUCUCCACCUACCUCGCCUCUCCUCCCAGCAGAGACCAGCCUAGUCCCACUGAGCCCCACAUAAAACCCACAGCUGCUUCCCAAACUCCCCCAGCCAUGGCUCCACCUUUCUGGGGGAGACCAAAGAUGAUAAGCCCAUCCAAGCCCAUGGACCCAACAUCAGAACGUGGCCUGGGACGGGCCCGGCUGGGCGCCAGCGAGGAGGAUAAAUCCGCCUAAUGACUUCCCUCUGUCUGGAACGUGCUCAGCCGCUCCGCAGACAUGAAGGCUAAUUAGCUAACGAGCAUGGCGGUUAAUUCCCCUUAACGAAGCCGUGUUGGUUUCCAGCACGGAUGGGGGUGGGCGGCGGCAGGGAGGAUGCUGGCAAGGACCGGACUGGGCUGGGCCUGGUCCAGAUUAGAACACCCUCUCUCCCUCUCUCUCUGCUCCAGUUCCCUCGAGAAGAGCUGGGCGUGCUUACGGCGUUCCGGCAACGUUCCGGCAAAGUUCCCGCUGGCUGGCCCGGCUCCGUGGGAGGCCCGUGGUGUCUGCAUUAAUGGGAUCGACUGGGAGAGCGCUGAUCUCUUAUGCCAGGAGUCGUGAGCAUCUGCUCGCCUCCGGAAAAAGCUGUCCAGGAUAAACAAACACACACAUUCACACAGACUGUCUGUCUGUCAGACAAACACAAAACACAGGAAAAAGCCUCUGCUGCCUCCCAACCUGUUACAGCUAAACUGUAUAUCCAUUUCCCACUACUGUUUUUCUCUAAAUGGAUCUCCCUAUCUACCUUUUGGUAGAUAGGCUAUAAGGUGAAUGCACCAAUUUGUAAGUCGCUCUGGAUAAGAGCGUCUGCUAAAUGACGUAAAUGUAAAUGUAAAUGUUCUCGCUCUUCCUGCCUUAGGUUAUUUCUCUACAUGGAUACCAUCCAUACACCUUCUCUCUUUCUCACCACUCUCUCUCCCUGUAACAUGUAGCAGAACUUUAGAACCAGUCAUGGUUAGGGCUGUUACGGUGACCAUAUUACCGCCACACCGGCAGUCACAAGUAAUGACAGCAGUCAAAUUCCACGUGACCGUUUAGUCACGGUAACUAGGCUUCUCCGAGCUCUGUUGCUGCUGAUGGUCAUUAGUAGCCUACCAAACUUGCUAACUGCCUGGUGCUCAGACUCUAUUGUCCUUCUAAUCACUCUGACAUCAAUGCAAAUAUAAUUGCAAAUCAAAUCAAACAUUUAAUGAGAGCUCAUGUUGCAUAACAUUUCUAUAGGCUAUGCAAUUGUGUGGGAAAACAGAGUUUUGAUGGGCUCUAUUAAAAAGAGGACGAUCCCAUCAGCUUUCAAUAGGCUAGGCCUACUAUAUUUAUUUCUCACGUUCCUAAUAUUAAGCACAUUGCUUCGCUUUACAACAGGAAUAUAGCCUACCUGGCUGACGUGAAAAUGAACCACGGGAAAAGCGUCCUCCAUUCGCUAUUUAAGUGCAUAGAUUACAUGUAUUUUUUUCCCCUGCCCCUGUUCUGAGACAGGUGCAUGAUAAUGGUCCAUUCUAAAUCUAAACUAAUUUCACACACACACUACCAGUCAAAAGUUUGGACACACCUACUCAUUCAAGUUUUUUUUGUUUUUUUUGGACUAUUUUCUACAUUAUAGAAUAAUAGUGAAGACAUCAAAACUAUGAAAUAACACAUAUGUAAUCAUGUUGUAACCAAAAAAAGUGUUAAACAAAUCAAAUGAUAUGUUAUAUUUGAGAUUCUUCAAAUAGCCACCCUUCGCCUUGAUGACAGCUUUGCACACUCUUGGCAUUCUCUCAACCAGCUUCAUGAGGUAGUCACCUGGAAUGCAUUUCAAUUAACAGUUGUGCCUUCUUAAAAGUUAAUUUGUAGAAUUAUUUACUUCUUAAUGCGUUUGAGCCAAUCAGUUGUGUUGUGACAAGGUAGGGGGGGGUAUACAGAAGAUAGCCCUAUUUGGUAAAAGACCAAGUCCAUAUUAUGGCAAGAACAGCUCAAAUAACAAAGAGAAACGACAGUCCAUCAUUACAUUAAGACAUGAAGGUCAGUCAAUGCGGAAAAUUUCAAGAACCUUUGAAGUUUCUUCAAGUGCAGUCGCAAAAACCAUCAAGCGCUAUGAUGAAACUGGCUCUCAUGAGGACCGCCACAGGAAAGGAAGACCCAGAGUUACCUCUGCUGCAGAGGAUAAGUUCAUUAGAGUUACUUACCAGCCUCAGAAAUUGCAGCCCAAAUAAAUGCUUCACAGAGUUCAAGUAACAGACACAUCUCAACAUCAACUGUUCAGAGGGGACUGUGUAAAUCAGGCCUUCAUGGUCGAAUUGCUGCAAAGAAACCACUACUAAAGGACAACAAUAAGAAGAAGAGACUUGCUUGGGCCAAGAAACACGAGCAAUGGACAUUAGACCGGUGGAAAUGUGUCCUUUGGUCUGAUGAGUCCAAAUUUGAGAUUUUUGGUUCAAACCGCUGUGUCUUUGUGAGACGCGGUGUGGGUGAACGGAUGAUCUCUGCAUGUGUAUUUCCCACCGUAAAGCAUGGAGGAGGAGGUGUUAUGGUGUGGGGGUGCUUUGCUGGUGACACUGUCUGUGAUUUAUUUAGAAUUCAAGGCACCCUUAACCAGCAUGGCUACCACAGCAUUCUGCAGCGAUACGCCAUCCCAUCUGGUUUGGGCUUAGUGGGACUAUCAUUUGUUUUUCAACAGGACAAUGACCCAACACACCUCCAGGCUGUGUAAGGGCUAUUUUACCAAGAAGGAGAGUGAUGGAGUGCUGCAUCAGAUGACCUGGCCUCCACAAUCCCCCGACCUCAACCCAAUUGAGAUGGUUUGGGAUGAGUCGGACAGCAGAAUGAAGGAAAAGCGGCCAACAAGUGCUCAGCAUAUGUGGGAACUCCAAGACUGUUGAAAAGCAUUCCAGGUGAAGCUGGUAGAGAGAAUGCCAAGAGUGUGCAAAGCUGUCAUCAAGGCAAAGGGUGGCUAUUUGAAGAAUCUCACAUUUAAAGUAUAUUUUGUUUUGUUUAACACUUUUUGGGUUACUACAUAGGUGUUAUUUCAUAGUUUUGAUGUCUUCACUAUUAUUCUACAAUGUAAAAAAAAAAAGCCUUGAAUGAGUAGGUGUGUCCAAACCUUUGACUGGUACUGUAUAGGAAUUAGUAUAUGUAAAGAAAAUAUUAUAUUACGAAAGGUCUGAUGGAUGACAAUAUCAUCCUUUCACUUGUGAAAUUUUGUAUUAUCUAUUGCAGCCACACAAGGGGGAUGCUGCAGGGAAAUUCGAGGCCUGGAGAGAAUAUAAGUGCUUGUCAAAUCGUGAUUGAGAGACUGAUGAAGUGUGUACAGCCUGCAGAAAAAAACAAAGCAGAGCUCAUGCCUUUUCAUGCAACCUUUUUUAAAUCAUCAUCAGUCGCAUCAUGCAGCCUUAGAAUGUUUUAAAAAUCAAAACAUACAGUGCAUUGGGAAAGUAUUCAGACCCCUUGACUUUUUCCAAAUUUUGUUACGUUACAGCCUUAUUCUAAAAUUGAUUACAUUUCCCCCCCCCCCCCCUCAUUAAUCUAAACACAAUACCACAUAAUGACAAAGUGAAAACAGGUUUUUAGAAAUGUUUGCUAAUUUAUUAAAAAUGAAAAACAGAAAUACCUUAUUCAUAUUUGUAUUCAGACCCUUUGCUGUGAGACUCGAAAUUGAGCUCAGGUACAUCCUGUUUUUGUUUUGUCAUUAUGGGGUAUUGUGUGUAGAUUGACGAGGGAAAAAAACGAUUUAGUCAAUUUUAGAAAAUGAGGAAUACUUUCCGAAUGCACUGUAUAGCCCAAUGUUUGUAUCACAACUGAAGUUGCAAUAAUAACUCUAAAUUAAGCAAAUAGGAGGACUUGUUUCUUUGUUAACCGCUCAAUACAGAAUAGCCGCAUGUGCGUACUCCCUCUGAAAUCAUUUGGAGAAAAUAUCCUUUCUAUUUUGUUCAGCUAUGUUACAUUUUUAUUCUUCAUACUAUAAAAUAAUGCCACGGAAUUCUAAGCAAAUCCUGUCUGCUAAAUGAGCUAGUGUAGCCCACAGCCAUAUGGCAGAUCAGGGCCUAACAUAAGGACAAAUCAGAGUAUGCUAUUAUGUUCUGAAAUAGAUAAUUUUCUUCAUAUCAUGUUUCUUUAGACCUGUCUAAAAUAAAGAAUGGAUUUAUUGUGAUGGUAUAGGCAAUAUUUUAUGGAUUUUUUUAGACUUUAAAAUGUAGAUGUUCCAAAGGUCUGCAUCAGUGGCUUGUAGGCUAUGCAUGGAAGCCAGUAGAUGCUAAUUGUGUUUAUGUUAAUUAACGGUCAUUUUUUUCCGUGAGACCGGCAGUUAUUUGCUUGACAAUCACCGGCUGCCAAAGUUUCAUGACCGUCAUGGCAGUGUUCAUAAUUUGUAUGGGAGAGUUUGUGUGUUUGUGUUGACUUGAGUCUCUGGCCCUGUUCCUCAAUAUGUGCUGUAUCCAUUCUAGGGGAACUCUGGAGCCCUCUGGGUGCACUGCAGGGGGUAGCGUGUGUGUGUGUGUGUGUGUGCGUAUAUGAUCUGUGUGUGUGUGUGUGUGCGUGCAUGCUUUUGUGCUUGUGUGUAUGAUCUGUUUGUGUGUGAGUGUAUGAUCUGUGUGUGUGUGUAGUAGUUAUUGAUCUCUAACUGGUGUUGCAAUAGAUUGGUUUGACUGCAGAGAGGGCGACUUCGUGCCUACCGCUGAGUGUCUGAUAUUUAACAUGAUCUCUGAAGGCAUUUGUUCACGGUGCCCGCAGGAUCUAACAACGAUGCGCUGGUUGUUUUUCUCACACACACAGGCACACACGCACACCUGGCAUGCCUCUCAUUAGCACCAGAGAAGGAGUGAUGGAGCUUUGUGAUGGAGGAUGGGCGGUCCACUCUGAUCUUGACUAGAGCAAUGCAAAGUCUCAGUGAAAGAUGAAUAAUAUGAAUGUCACACACUCAAUUUGAACUGUGACACUACUAUCUCUUCAUCUUACUAUGACCAAUGGAAACUCAUGUCCCUUAUUUCUCCUCUCUCUCUCUCGCUCUCGCUCUCGCUCUCGCUCUCGCUCUCGCUCGCUCUCCUCCUUCUCUCAUGCUCCUCUCCAGGGUGUACUCCAAGUUCCACCAGCGGCGGAUGCAGGAACUAUCCGAGGCUGGGCUAAUGAACUUCCUGCUGCUGUUCGUUGUGGUGGCCCGGCAGGCCGAGCUGGAGGAUGUAGCCUGCCGGGCCUGUGAGCUGCUGGGCCUGCUCCCUCCGGACUCCCCCCCUGCCCAGCGGAGCCUGGUAUGGAGGGGCCAGCUGGCUCUCUUACUGCUCUUCCAGGAGAGAGGUCUUGACGUGGGGGCCCAAGCUAGCUGGCUGGCCUCCUCCUUCUCUCAGACAGCCAGGGAGUUCUACCUGAAGACCACGGAACCGUCUCGCCGCCUGGCCCUCUGGGGCCCCCUGGGGUCCUACCUGGAGGGCGUGGCCGAGGUGUUUGAGACGAGCGUGAGUCUCGGCCUGUCGGAGGAGAGGCUACUCAACGAGGGGUUCGGUCUGCUGCUGCCCGCUUGCCGCCAGUCAGAGCUGAGCUCCGCCCUGGGCUUUCUGCAGAUCGUGCUGAGGGAGCUACGGUGAGAGAGGGGGUACAAACACUCAGCAACCCCCUGAGACACACUUGACACAAAUGCCCACACACACACACUACACAUUGACGAGCGGACAGACAUGCUUUCAGGCAUUGGCCUUAGACCCUACAACUAGAGCCUGGAGUUUUUGCUGGCAUGAUCACGUGAAAAAACUCCUGGCCCUACCUAUCAUUGCUGAUAUCUAAUAAUAAUAAUAAUAUGCCAUUUAGCAGACGCUUUUAUCCAAAGCGACUUACAGUCGUGCGUGCAUACAUUUUUGUGUAUGGGUGGUUCCGGGGAUCGAACCCACUACCUUGGCGUUACAAGCGCCGUGCUCUACCAGCUGAGCUACAGAGGAGCAGGAGACGGGUCCCCCUUGCCCCCAGCCCAGUCAGGCCCCAGUACUGACACCUUCAAAGGCAGGAAUGUGCUGUCCUCUGUCCCCCCUCCAUCCCAAUGGUAAACCCAGCCCAUCCAUUGUGUACGGAGGCCCCUUUCUGUCUCUUGGGGCCAUGUGGCCCCCAGGUCACCUUCAGCAGGUGCUGGCAGAGGUCUUAUAGUUAUGGCCCCUAGGGUUUCCCUUUGCAGUCACCAUGGGUAUAGUGGCAGAUCGUGAGUGUGUGGAGUGACUGUGUGGCGGAGAGUGGAGACGGCGUCAGGGUGAGUUCACCGGCGGGCCACGGGUGUGUGUUACACAGAUGACCCGAUCAGAGGUCAAAGGUUUAGAGAGAAAGGCACAGGUGAAACCGGUGUCUGUUUGGUGAGAGAAGAAGUAAAAGGGUAGGACAGAGGCUUCAGGAGGGAGAGGGUGUCUGGUUGUAUCUGAAUGGACCGGACCACUACAAUGUUGUGUUAUUGUUCAGUUUGGAUUACCCUGAGUCAGCGCUAAUGAAGCAGUAAGCUGCCAGCAACAAUCCUCACUCACGACUUAUAUGAGUGUGUGCUUGCUUUGACUCUCCUGUGUAUACAUGCACACACUCCCACAGACACAUACCUUCAAGGUGAAACACUAAGUGUGCUAGGGCUGGGAAUUGCCAGGGACCUCACGAUACGAUAUCACGAUACUUUAGUGCCGAUACGAUAUAAAAAAUAAUAUUGCGAUAUUGUCAAAACGAUACGAUACGGAAAAAAAUCCAGAUAUGUAACUAUAGAUUUUUUCCCCCCAUCACUAAAGUGUGCUCUUUUAUUUCAGUCCAGGCUCCCGUAACGUGGCAUAUCUCGCUAGGUUCGUUAAUUCAAGAAACUUCCCCCAUCUCAUAUCUCGGGGUUGGAGGGCACUCAUUUGCACAUUAAUGGCAGACGUCACAGAAGAGAGGAGCGAAAACUCCCAAAGGGGACCGUGUUAUGGGCGAGAUCACGCUGACCCAUUUAACAAAAUAAAAAAGCUCUCUCAAAUUCGUCCCGCCAAAUUACGCUUAAUUCUCCGUCCUGGCAGUACUUGAUAUCUCUGUGAUUAAUGCGUUUUCAGUGACACAAUUAACAGGUAAUUAUGUAGUCCUGCAAAUUGUGCCUCGCCGUCAUUGUUUAUUAAGAGCAGAGCAGAAUCUGCACAUAUCAAGAGAAUUAUCCCGCCAGAGGCUGUGACCGAGAGGUGUGUGCGUGUGUGCACGUGUGUGUGACAACCACUGACUCGGAUGGCCCUCGCUAAGGCCGGCCGCCCAAAGCCAACCAGGAGGCUAAUUCCUCACAUUGCAUUCCAUCCCAUGAUCCUGCGCGUGGGGGCCUGAGACCCCUGUGUCGCCAGAGGGUGUGUGUAUGUGACGUCUCAGUGCUACACAUUCAGUAUUAUAUUGGGGGGCGGGUGGGGGACAAUUAUCUGAGAUCUUAAUUAAGUGCUCUCCUCUGUAUCUAGACCCUACGCCCCUACACCUUGGCCCUCCAUUGGACCCUGAGUCUCUCUCUAACGAGCAGUGGAUGGGCAUUAUGGAGAUGGUGCAAUGCAAUAGUUGUUUUUCCCUGUCAUUAUUUAAGGCCCAGUGCAAUCAAAAAUAUAAUUUUCCUGUGUUUUAUAUGUAUUUCCACACUGAGGUUGGAUAACACUGUGUAAAUGUGAAAAUUAUGAUAAUGCCCUUUUAGUUUAAGAGCUGUUUGAAAAUACCGCCUGAAAUUUCAGCCUGUUUUGGUGGGAUGGAGUUUUGGCCUGCCUGGUUACAUCAGUUAAUAGACCAAUAAGACUCCUUCUCAUUUAACUAACUUAAUUCUGUAAUUUGUAUUCAAUUUUGCAUUGAUUAGAGAUCUCCCACAUUGGUUGCUACACAUGGAGCCACUGUAGACAGUGCCACUUUGAUUGGCCGACAAUAACAACAAACGCAUUAAACCCGUGUAGGCUACAGUAUGUCUUUUUAUGAGGCGCACAUCAUAAAAACUACACUGAACAAAAAUAUCAAACCAACAUGCAACAAUUUAAAAGAUUUUACUGAGUUACAGUUCAUAUAAGGAAAUCAGUGAAUUGAAAUAAAUUCAUUAGACCUCUAUAGAUUUCACAUGACUGGGAAUACAGAUAUGCAUCUGUUGCUCACAGAUACCUUUAAAAAAGAAGGUAGGGGCGUGGAUCAGAAAACCAGUCAGUGUGACCACCAUUUGCCUCAUACAGCGGAACACAUCUCCUUCGCAUAAAGUUGAUCAGGCUGUUGAUUGUGGCCUGUGGAAUGUUGUCCCACUCUUCAAUGGCUGAGCAAAGUUGCUUGAUAUUGGCGGGAACUGGAGCACACUGUCGUACACGUUGAUCGUACAGAGCAUCCCAAACAUGCUCAGUUUUUUUAAUUUUUUUAUUUCACCUUUAUUUAACCAGGUAAGCCAGUUGAGAACAGGUUCUCAUUUACAACUGCGACCUGGCAAGUGGGUGACAUGUCUGGUGAGUAUGCAGGCCAUGGAAGAACUGGGACAUUUUCAGCUUCCAGGAAUUGUGUACAGAUCCUUGCGACAUGGGGCUGUGCAUUAUCAUGCUGAAAUAUGAGGUAAUGGUGGCGGAUGAAUGGCACAACAAUGGGCCUCCGGAUCUCGACACGGUAUCUCUGUGCAUUCAAAUUGCCAUCGAUACAAUGCAAUUGUGUUCGUUGUCCGUAGCUUAUGCCUGCCCAUACCAUAACCCCACCACCACCAUGGGGCACUCUGUUCACAACGUUGACAUCAGCAAACCGCUCGCCCACACGGUGCCAUCUGCCAGGUACAGUUGAAACCGGGAUUCAUCCGUGAAGAGCACACUUCUCCAGCAUGCCAGUGGCCAUUGAAGUCUGUUAUGACGCCAAAUUGCAGUCAGUUCAAGACCCUGGUGAGGACGACGAGCAUGCAGAUGAGCUUCUGACAGUUUGUGCAGAAAUUCUUUGGUUGUGCAAACCCACAGUUUCAUCAGCUGUCCGGGUGGCAAGUCAGUCUCUGUGUGUGUGUGUUAGUGGUUGCGUUUGGGGGAGGGGUUAAGUGGGGUCUCUAAUGGUGUGUGUGUGUGUGUGUACAGCUAUAAGAAGCGGCAGUGGGGAGGAUUAAGUGGGGUCUCUGACUAUGUCUUGUACAAUGAGGCUUGAUGGGUGUGAAAGGCCCAUUCCGCCUUAGUAACGAGGCUAAUGAAUUCAGACUUUAAUCGAUUGUCUCAGCUCUCUCUGGAUUAGAUGCAACCUUGCUGGAAGGCGCAGGCAGAGGUGUGUGUGUGUGUGUGUGAGAGAGCGAGACGUUUUGGGAGUGCAAGGGGAGCUGAGGGGGUACCAGUACUCACCCCUGCCUCCCUCCCCUCCGUCCCUCUCUCCCUCGCUCCAUCCGGGCGAAUGAGGGGACAGGAGGAUCAUCUCCAGUCUAAAUGAGAUUACAGCUCCUUCAGCUGCUUAUCUGGGCUAAUGCCAGCCGCCGUGGUGCCAGGCAGGCACAGAAACAGAAUCCAGAGCCCAGCCUGUGUACAGGGGAUCAGCCCCGCUCUGCUCUGCCCUGCCCCGCACGACCUAAUCCCCCCAGAGAUGGGAAGAGUGAGAGAGCGAAGAAGGGGGAUGGUAAGAAUGUGAAAGAGAGGAAGGGAGCAGAGUAUAGAUAGGGAUGCAGGUGGAGAGGUGGUGUGAAGGAGAGGGAGAUACUGUGUUUCUGUUGAAUAAUGAUGUUAUUGGUGUGUGCGUCCAUGUGUGUUUCUCUCAUGUUGUGUUUUGUGUGUGUGUGUGUCCUACAGGAGGGUCCAUCAGCGCAAUGUCCAGCCUGGCCACUCAGCAUGCCCCCCCGGUGCCUGGCCGCCUCCUCCCAAUGCCAGCGUGGGUAAAGAGCGCCACCUAGCGGUGGCAGCAGCUCUCUGGGCCCACUUUUUCCCCUUCCUCUGCAGCCUGCGCCUUUCCAACACCCCUCAUGCCCAGCUGGCUGACGCUGCCGCAGGUCAGACGCACACACUGGGAGAGGGAGAGAGUGGGAGGAAGGGGGAGGAGGAUAAAUGUUCACUGUGUACAACAAUUUCACAUUGUGGGUUGCACACACACACACACAAACAAUUGUCUUUCUUAUAAGAUAAUAUACACUGUCUGCCUUUGUCUCACUGUUUCUCGCUCUCUCUCUCUCUCUCUCGUCAGUGAUUUACUCUCAACAUCUUGCAUCUGUGCAUUGUGUUGAGCAUUCAGUGAAAAAUAUUUCCGUUACAGUAUGACUCUCUCAAACUUCUUUGCCAUGGUAGUUACCGUAAGGUAACAUGGUAUGAAUGUUGACUCUCUUUUCCAGGUUUUACUCUGCUGGCCUUUGACUUUCCUAGCUCUGCCCCCCAAGACCUCCAGCCCAACCCCAUCCAGUCCAUCAUGCAGUGCUUCGGCUGGGACGACAUGCUGCACCCCCUGCUAGUCACUCGCUACCUGCCCCACCUGCUCCAGAACAGGUAAUAUUACUCCAGUACAUUACCCUAGUAAGCAGGGUCUGAACUCCAAUAAGAAAUGCUUGUUUUUGUUUUCUGUUGCAAAACACUUUGCUACGGAGUUCACUAAUGAAUACGACCCAGGUGUGGUGGCACACAUCAGAGAUGAUCAUUCUGAGAAAGGUGCUGCACUAAAUCACUGAUCUACAAAUCCCCUUUGCAUUCCAAACUACUAUCCAUCAUGUGAUCUUAUACAGAUUAGCACAUCUGUGCAGCGCCUUGCUCCGGUGGAACAUAGAGAUUGAGAUAAACUACAUUGCAGUCAGACUGCGCAGAAUCACUGAUCUACAAAUAAAUCACCUCGCAUCCCAAAUAACAACUCAUUAUUCAAUCAAAAUUAUCUAUUCUGCGCCUCACCUCACUUGUGAUUCCCUUGAACACAUUUGUUGUCUGUUCUAUGUCAAACUGACUCUCUUCACCAGCGAGCUGGUGUAUUCAGUGAGUUACGGCUGUGGAGGUUCCGUGUCAGGCUCAGCCCAGACUCUGUCUGUGAGAGCCUGGUUCCGCUGUGUUCUGCAGCAGCACAUCCACAAAAACCCAGACGGCACCGACAGCAGAGCAGGUACAGAACCUCAAACUAAAACCCUGGACAUCCGACCCCUCUCUCCUGAGAUGAUAAUAAUAUGCAGUGCAUUUGAAAAGUAUUCAGACCCCUUCCCUUUUUCCACAUUUUGUUACAUUACAGCCUUACACCCUAUUUACAUAAGUAUUCAGACCCUUUGCUAUGAGACUCGAAAUUGAGCUCAGAUGCAUCCUGUUUCCAUUGAUCAUCAUUGAUGUUUCUGCAACUUGAUUGGAGUCCACCUGUGGAAAAAUUCAAUUGAUUUGGACAUGAUUUAGAAAGGCACACACCUGUCUAUAUAAGGUCCCACAGUUGACAGUGCAUGUCAGAGCAAAAACCAAGCCAUGAGGUCGAAGGAAUUGUCCGUAGAGCUCUGAGACAGGAUUGUGUCGAGGCACAGAUCUGGGGAAGGGUACCAAAACAUUUCUGCAGCAUUGAAGGUCCCCAAGAACACAGUGGCCUCCAUCAUUCUUAAAUGGAAGAAGUUUGGAACCACCAAGACUCUUCCUAGAGUUGGCCAACUGGCCAAACUGAGCAAUCGGGGGAGAAGGUCCUUGGUCAGGGAGGUGACCAAGAACCCGAUGGUCACACUGACAGAGCUCCAAGUUCCUCUGUGAAGAUAGGAGAACCUUCCAGAAGGACAACCAUCACUGCAGCACUCCACCAAUCAGGCCUUUAUGGUAGAGUGGCCAAAUGGAAGCCACUCUUCAGUAAAAGGCACAUGACAGCCCGCUUGGAAUUUGCCAAAAGGCACCUAAAGGACUCUCAGACCAUGAGAAACAAGAUUCUCUGGUCUGAUGAAACUCUUUGGCCUGAAUGCCAAGCUUCAUGUCUGGAGGAAACCUGGCACCAUCCCUACAGUGAAGCAUGGUGGUGGCAGCAUCAUGUUGUGGGGAUGUUUUUCAACGUCAGGGACUGGUAUACUAGUCAGGAUAGAGGGAAAGCUGAACGGAGCAAAGUACAGAGAGAUCCUUGAUGAAAACCUGCUCCAGAGCGCUCAGGACCUCAGACUGUGACGACGGUUCACCUUCCAACAGGACAACGACCCUAAGCACACAGCCAAGACAACGCAGGAGUGGCUUCGGGACAAGUCUCAAUGUCCUUGAGUGGCCCAGCCAGAGCCCGGACUUGAACCCAAUCGAACAUCUCUGGAGAGACCUGAAAAUAGCUGUGCAGCGACGCUCCCCAUCCAACCUGACCGAGCUUGAGAGGAUCUGCAGAGAAGAAUGGGAGAAACUCCCCAAAUACAGGUGUGCCAAGCUUAUAGCGUCAUACCCAAGAAGACUCUAGGCUGUAAUCGCUGCCAAAGGUGCUUCAACAAAGUACUGAGUAAAGGGUCUGAAUACUUAUGUAAAUGUGUUUCUUUUUUUUAUACAUUUGCACCAAAAAAAAAACGUGUUUUUGCUUUGUCAUUAUGGGGUAUUGUGUGUAGAUUGAUGAGGAAAAAACCCUAUUUAAUCUAUUUUCGAAUAAGGCUGUAACAUGACAAUGUGGAAAAAGUCAAGGUGUCUGAGUGGCGCAGUGCUAACUGUGCCACUAGAGAUCCUGGUUCGAAUCCAGGCUCUGUCGCAGCCGGCCGCGACCGGGAGACUCAUGGGCGGUGCACAAUUGGCCCAGCGUCGUCCAGGGUAGGGGAGGGAAUGGCCGGCAGGGAUGUAGCUCAGUUGAUAGAGCAUGGCGUUUGCAACGCCAGGGUUGUGGGUUCGAUUCCCACGGGGGGCCAGUAUAAAAAAAUAUGUAUUCACUAACUGUAAGUCGCUCUGGAUAAGAGCGUCUGCUAAAUGACUAAAAUGUAAAUGUAAAUGAAUACUUUCCGAAUGCACUGUAUGCCAUUUAGCAAACGCUUUUAUCCAAAGAAAGUUAGUCAUGCGUGCACAAACUGGCCAGGCCUCACUGGUCUCUGUUCAGCAGUCAGCAAUGAAAAUACAUCCUCAGUCAGUUAUGCCACAUUUAAACACUUGUAACCUACACUUCUUGUCUAUUACCAUAUUAGGAUCAUUUACCAUUAGUUUCCCUUUUUAAGUAUGUGUGGCUCAGUUGGAAAGAGUGUGGCUCUAGAAACACUUAAGGUCGUGGGUUCAGGUCCCAUAAGGAACUAAUACACAUCCUAAAAAUGGCCAGUAGGUCACUUGGCUGCAUUUACACAGUCAGCCCAAUUUUGAUAUAUUGCCCAAUUAUUGGUCUUUUGACCGAUCAGAUCUUUUGCCAAUAAUUGGGCAAAAGAUCAGAAUUGGGUUACCUGUGUAAAUACAGUCUUUGGAUAAAAGUGUCUGCUAAGUGGCAUAUAUGAUUAUUUAUUAUGUGUUACUGACUUUUUCCAGGCAGGGCUCUGGAGGAGCAGUUGUCAGAGCUCACUAGGCUCGUAUUGAGGCUCCCUGAGGUGGACUCCCUACUGCAGAGGGCUGGGCUGCAGCCUGGAGCCGGCAGCAAGCUAGAGCCCAGGCCUGCUCUGGAGAUGUUCAUCAAGGUACUACACACACACACACACACACUGUAACAGGGUAGCACCUCGUCACGCACACAGUGUAACAGGGUAGCACGUCAUCUCACACACGCAUGCGCACAAGGAUAUUUGCAACAUGCAAGAUACAUACAGGUAACUGCCAAAAUAAAGGAAAGACUUGAGUAAAUGAGGGAUACAAAGUAUAUUGAAAGCAGGUGCUUCCACACAGGUGUGGUUCCUGAGUUAAUUAAGCAAUUCAUCCCAUCAUGCUUAGGUGUCAUGUAUAAAAAUGCCCAUUUGCCCAUUAUUUUGGCUACCGUGGCUAGAAGAAGAGAUCUCAGUGACUUUGAAAGAGGAGUCUCAAAGUAGCAUAGGGGGUUUAAAGGGGGUGUGUGUGUGUCUCAAUCACCAGAUCGCAACCCAAUUGAACACUUAUGGGAGAUUCUGGAGCGGCGCCUGAGACUGCGUUUUCCACCACCAUCAACAAAACACCAAAUGAUGGAAUUUAUUUUGGAAAAAUGGUGUCGCAUCCCUGCAAUAGAGUUCCAGACACUUGUAGAAUCUAAUUCAAGAUGCAUUGAAGCUGUUCUGGUGGCUCGUGGUGGCCCAACGCCCUGUUAAGACACUUUAUGUUGGUGUUUACUUUAUUUUGGCAGUUACGUGUAUAUCAACAGCAAACGCUGAAAGGCAAGUCUGCAUUUCCGUACAAAUACACCUUAACUACAUCGUCACUUUUGUAUUUUUCUCUCUCAGGCUGUGGGGCGUGUGUACAGUGGGCUGCAGGUGUUGUCUGAGCGUUCUGUCAUGGUCGCCCGUGCUCUGGACUACACAGGGGACAUCAUGAAGUAUAUCAAACCCUACCUGGUCAAUAAGAGUCCUCAGGAGGGGCUGCUGCUGGCCUACUGGGCUGUGGGUGGGUGUAUGCAUCACUGAGGCCUGCCCCUAUCCCCCUAGGCAUUUGUUUGAAUCUGUAAUGACUGGAUAAGUGUAAGGUGGAGCUAUAACCAUAUUGCUUCUACCUAUUCAAUAAUUUUGGAUCUCCGCAAGUGCAUAGAAAAUAUAUUGGCAAGAGGUCAAUUUGGUAUUGGGCGAGAAGGAAUCAGCGUGUUUGAGAGUAUCAGGAUAUGAUCAUGAUGAGCAAUUCUGCCCAGUAACUUGCUUCGAGUCUAUCUCCUCAAACACGUUGAAUGUCUGUCAUCCUUGGUGUUGACUGUGUGUGUGUGUGUGUGUGUGUGUGUGUGUUCUCAGGGUGCGUGGUGAAGCACUGGAGUCCCCUACUGGCCACCUCCAAGGCCCAGCAGCUGCUGUUCAACAUUGUCAACGGGCUGCUCCUCCCUAACUCUCUGUCCGGGUUGGACAAGGCCUUGAGGGACAGCCUGCCCCUCUACCUGCAGGUGGGACACACGCACAUACACCUGCGAACACACACACAUGCAAGCACACUCUCGCACACAGACACUCACACUCCCUCUACCUAAACAUCAUGUUACUGACUACCCCAGUUUGGAUACUUCAGAAAAAAGUAUUGUUUGGAUACUUCCGAAAGUACUAACAGGGUUGGAGGGGAGGAAAGAAAAAUGCAGAGGUAUUUUCCAUCAGCAUUAGUAAUACUAUACUAACUGACCUCUCUCUGUGUCUCUGUCUCUCCUGUUUCACUCCUUUCCUCCCCUCCAGGGUCUGUCUAUAGCAGCCAGUAUGUCUCAGUCUCAGGGAGCCUACCUGAAGAAGCAGCUCCGUGAUGUCAUCUCCAAGUACCUGGACCACUUCCUGCCUGCCACGCCAUCGGUUGGGGCCGUAGCCAAUCACCCGGUGCUGCUGGCGGCCUGCGAAUCCACGCCCACCCCAUGUGGGGCAGCGCUGAGAAGGAGCAUCCUGCAGGUGAUCAGGUAGGAUUCUGACGCUCUCGGUAGAGAUUGCUCUUAGGUACAGAUCCAGGAUCAGUUAACCCUGCCCAAAUCCUCACCUUAAUAAUUAGGGAGGGGAAUGCAAAGCCAAACUGACCUUGGAGCAGUGUCUCAGGACAACUUCAUCCUACUCCACAUUGACAGCCUCCUUAGAGCAUCUACUAAAUGGCCAGACAUUACUGGCUCUGUGUCAUACCUCUUCUGUGUCUAUCUCCAUAGUGAGAACUUCCUGCAGUUCAAAGUCCACGCCCCUCCUCCCCGCCUGGCCACGGUCCUGGCCUUCCUAUUAGAGCUGCUGAGACGGAACAAUGACAGUGACCCCGCCCUACUCACCAUGCCCCUCCCCUCUCUGCUCCGCUGCCUGAAGCUGGUCAACGAGCCUCAUGGUGAGAAUACACAAAUAGACACGUACACACAGUAAUCAUAUUUGUGAACAAUAUGUGAACAUGCUUGCUCCUAUGGGUAGUGUUUUUAUAGGUUUUCGUGUGUGCAAUGUGCGUGUGCAUGUGGUAACUAGUCUAACAGCAGCUGUGCGUUCACAGUGAGGAGGACCAGUACAGAGGCCCUGCAGCUGGUGGUGGAGAGAUGUUCAGCCGCCGCAGGGGAUGCACCAUGUAACCAGACCGUCACUGUUCUACGGUGAGUGACACCAACUACCAUAGCCUUUACUCUUCCUCUCUGCACUUGAGUCGUGUCUAUUAUUGUGCACCGUAGCAAAGUGUUUUCAAACGUUGGACAAGUUCAUAUAAUACCUCCCUGUUUCACUCAGUUCCGAACAUUUUCUUCCAUUUCGUGCCUACUGAACAUGACACUGUUCUAGGGCAGCCAUGCUAUUGACCAUCACGGUUAGAAAUAUAUAUAUCUGCAAUGCUUUGUGUGUGUAUAAAGCAUGUACAUUGGUGUUACAGUAUCUCUAUGUCUUACUGUGUCUGUGUGUUCAGGUCCUUUGUGGAGGAGAAUGAGGGGGUGUAUGACAGACAGGUGUACAGUGUUCUGGAGACGAUAGCGGUUCUGGACAGUCAUGUGGUCCAGGUUCUGAUCCCUGUUCUGUCGCUGAGUCUGAGAAAUACAGAGCACAAGAGAGGACUGGGCAAGAACACCACACUGAGGUAGAGUUCUAAACCUGACCGUAUCCCAACCACUAGUCUAACCUAACCUAGACAUAAUCCUAUUUUUAUGGUUCAUUUAUAUUUGGAGAGAUGCGGAACAACUAAGUACUAUUGCAUUAUGGGAAUUAGCAGUCCGACAGCACGUAGGAUGCCUUUUUAUCCGAUUCCCGCAGAAAAUCUUGUCACCCGACCUGAUAUAAUGCUACAUUUGCGCACACCAUGGGGAACCAUUAUCGCACUGUAUAAAUUGCGUGGUGGCCUAUGUGGGGAAAACAUCUGAAGUGUCGGGAAUAUUAAAAUGCUUUACAGUAGUCAUAAAACCUUCAUUACAUACAUACAUACAUUACAUUACAUGCCAGAUACCAAACCACAUCAUUAAUAAAAACACACAACCCCACACACACACAGUUGAAGUCAGAAGUUUACAUACACCUUAGCCAAAUACAUUUAAACUCAGUUUUCCACAAUUCCUGACAUUUAAUCCCAGUAAAAAUUCCCUGUCUUAAGUCAGUUAGGAUCACCACUUUAUUUUAAGAAUGUGAAAUGUCAGAAUAAUAGUAGAGAGAAUGAUUUAUUUCAGCUUUUAUUUCUUUCAUCACAUUCCCAGUGGGUCAGAAGUUUACAUACACUCAAUUAGUAUUUGGUAGCAUUGCCUUUAAAUUGUUUAACGUGGGUCAAACGUUUCAGGUAGCCUUCCACAAGCUUCCCACAAUAAGUUGGGUGAAUUUUGGCCCAUUCCUCCUGACAGAGCUGGUGUAACUGAGUCAGGUUUGUAGGCCUCCUUGCUCGCACACGCUUUUUCAGUUCUGCCCACACUUUUUCUAUAGGAUUGAGGUCAGGGCUUUGUGAUGGCCACUCCAAUACCUUGACUUUGUUGUCCUUAAACCAUAUUGCCACAACUUUGGAAGUAUGCUUGGGGUCAUUGUCCAUUUGGAAGACCCAUUUGCGACCAAGCUUUAACUUCCUGACUGAUGUCUUGAGAUGUUGCUUCAAUAUAUCCACAUAAUUUUCCUUCCUCAUGAUGCCAUCUAUUUUGUGAAGUGCACCAGUCCCUCCUGCAGCAAAGCACCCCCACAGCAUGAUGCUGCCACCCCCAUGCUUCAUGGUUGGGAUGGUGUUCUUCGGCUUGCAAGCAUCCCCCUUUUUCCUCUGAACAUAACGAUGUUCAAACAGUUUCAUCAGACCAGAGACAUUUCUCCAAAAAGUACGAUCUUUUUCCCCAUGUGCAGUUGCAAACCGUAGUCUGGCUUUUUUAUGGCGGUUUUGGAGCAGUGGCUUCUUCCUUGCUGAGCGGCCUUUCAGGUUAUGUCGAUAUAGGACUUGUUUUACUGUGGAUAUAGAUACUUUUGUACCUGUUUCCUACAGCAUCUUCACAAGGUCCUUUGCUGUUGUUCUGGGAUUGAUUUGCACUUUUCGCACCAAAGUACGUUCAUCUCUAGGAGACAGAACUCGUCUCCUUCCUGAGCGGUAUGAAGGCUGCGUGGUCCCAUGGUGUUUAUACUUGCGUACUAUUGUUUGUAUAAAUGAACGUGGUACAUUCAGGUGUUUGGAAUUGCUCCCAAGGAUUAACCAGACUUGUGGAGGUCUACAAUUAUUUUUUUGAGGUCUUGGCUGAUUUCUUUAGAUUUUCCCAUGAUGUCAAUCAAAGAGGCACUGAGUUUGAAGGUAGGCCUUGAAAUACAUCCACAGGUACACUUCCAAUUGACUCAAAGGAUGUCAAUUAGCCUAUCAGAAGCUUCUAAAGCCAUGACAUCCCUUUCUGGAAUUUUCCAAGCUGUUUAAAGGCACAGUCAACUUAGUGUAUGUAAACUUCUGACCCACUGGAAUUGUGAUUAAGUGAAAUAAUCUGUCUGUAAACAAUUGUUGGAAAAAUUACUUGUGUCAUGCACAAAGUAGGUGUUUUAACCGACUUGACAAAACUAUAGUUUGUUAAAAAGAAAUUUGUGGAGAGGUUGAAAAACGAGUUUUAACUGUAUACACAGUGCAUUCGGAAAGUAUUCAGACCCCUUUUUUCCAUAUUGUUACGUUACAGCCUUAUUCUAAAAUUGAUUAAAUUAUUUUUUUACCUCAUCAAUCUACACACAAUACCCCAUAAUGAUAAAGCGAAAACGGGUUCUUAGAAAUGUUUGCAAAUGUAUAAAAAAAAAAAAACUGAUACCUUAUUUACAUAAGUAUUCAGACCCAAAAUUACGCUCAGGUGCAUCCUGUUUCCAUUGAUCAUCCUUGACAUGUUUCUACAACUUGAUUGGAGUCCACCUGUGGUAAAUUCAAUUGAUUGGACAUGAUUUGGAAAGGCACACACCUGUCUAUAUAAGAUCCCACAGUUGACAGUGCAUGUCAGAGCAAAAACCAAGCCAUGAGGUCAAAGGAAUUGUCCGUAGAGCUCCGAGACAGGAUUGUGUCGAGGCACAGAUCUGGGGAAGGGUACCAAAACAUUUCUGCAGUAUUUAAGGUCCCCAAGAACAGUGGCCUCCAUCAUUCUUAAAUGGAAGAAGUUUGGAACCACCAAGACUCUUCCUAGAGCUGGCCGCCCGGCCAAACUGAGCAAUCGGGGGAGAAGGUCCUUGGUCAGGGAGGUGACCAAGAACCCGAUGACAGAGCUCCAGAGUUCCUCUGUGGAGAUGGGAGAACCUUCCAGAAAGACAACCAUCUCUGUAGCACUCCCCCAAUCAGGCCUUUAUGGUAGAGUGGCCAGACGGAAGCCACAUCUCAGUAAGAGGCACAUGACAGCCCGCUUGGAGUUUGCCAAAAGGCACCUAAAGGACCCAUUCUCUGGUCUGAUGAAACCAAGAUUGAACUCUUUGGCCUGAAUGCCAAGUGUCACGUCUGGAGGAAACGUGGCAGCAUCCCUACGGUGAAGCAUGGUGGUGGCAGCAUCAUGCUGUGGGGAUGUUUUUCAGCGGCAGGGACUGGGAGACGAGGGAAAGUCAGGAUCGAGGGAAAGUUGAACGGCGCAAAGUACAGAGAUCCUUGAUGAAAACAUGCUCAGGACCUCAGACGGUGGCGAAGGUUCACCUUCCAACAAGACAACGACCCUAAGCAUACAGCCAAGACAACGCAGGAGUGGCCUCGGGACAAGUCACUGAAUGUCCUUGAGUGGCCCAGCCAGAACCCGAUCGAACAUCUCUGGAGAGACUUGAAAAUAGCUGUGCAGCGACACUCCCCAUCCAACCUGACAGAGCUUGAGAGGAUCUGCAGAGAAGAAUGGGAGAAAUACAGGUGUGCCAAGCUUGUAGCGUCAUACCCAAGAAGAUUUGAGGCUGUAAUUGCUGCCAAGCCGCUUCAACAAAGUACUGAGUAAAGGAUCUGAAUACUUAUGUAAAUGUGAUAUUUGCGUUUUUUAUUUGCAAUUAAUUUGCAAAAAUUUCUAAAAACCUGUUUUUGCUUUGUCAUUAUGGGGUAUUGUGUGUAGGUUGAUGAGAGGGGAAAAAACAAUGUAAUCAAUUUUAGAAUAAGGCUGUAAUGUAAUUUUUUGGGGAAAGUGUCAAGGGGUCUGAAUACUUUCCGAAUGCACUGCAUAUAUACGGUGAACCCUGAUGCAGUGUUCAGUGACACAGUCAACUCUUUGUAUGAAAUAUACUGGAUCUUGUGCGGUGACAUCUUUGAGUCAUUUUGUGACCCCCCUCUCACUCACUCUCUCUGCAUGUGUGACAGGAAUGCAUACAGGAAUUUGCUGACCCUGCUUGGGGACGGUGGUCAGGCGGAGAUCAUCAGCCUGGAGGAAGACUGACCCUUGACCCCAGGACCAGGUCACCAUGCUGUUGACCACAACACCACUGGGCUUGAAAUUAAUGUAUAUACAUGUACAUAAUGUAUAUAAAUUGUCCUGUUGGAGUUAUACAGAUCAUAAUUUAUGAUCAAGUUUCCAUCUUCACAUUGAAAUAUUUUUCAAAAAGGUGUUAAGAAAUUAAAUAAUGUGCUGGGAAAAAAAUUUGGAAGUGCAUGUGUUGUAUUUCAGUUUCCUAAUUUCACAGGCUUGGGAAGAGUGUGCGAUGCAUAUAGAUAGAACAAAAUAUUAUACAUUUAACUAUUUAUAUGGUGUGAUAGUAACUACUGUUAGUAGACAAACAUUAUCUCUGUGUGCUAAUGCACUCUUGUGUUGGCCCAACUUUACAGGCAGAACCACCUCCUUUCCUGACACUGUAUCCCUCAUCAGAGUCCGAAAGAUUACUUCUGCUUUUCCCAUUCCCUUUUUCCUUUGCAAUCAGGCUUCAUUUCGGCAGUCAUCAUUUCACGCCUGGUCCAACUUGAGGUGUCAUAAAAAAAUGCACCCCCCUCCCCAAUGUAACACAUAUUUUCACAUGACCCUCCCC